UCGGCUCAUAACACCGUAGCUCCCAACUGCUGCCUCUUUAGCUGCGUUUGGUGUUUGCUUUUGCCCGAGUCCACCUGGCCCUCCAUUUCAUUACCUCAAUUAGAGUGAUUAGGAUCUAAAAUUGCCUGUGUCGGCUCGGUGAUUGACAGCAAUUGGCCACUUAGGGAGGAAAGCUGAAGACGCAGAGUGCGUUGCUCAGUGGCUUGUGUAGUGAAACGGGUUUGUAUGCCUGCUGCUGCGUUUGUGGGUGUGUUUGUUUAUCCUGGCGGGAUUUCUGCUCGGAGAUGAGAACAAUCCUCCAGGAUGUCUGUAAAAAGUGCAAAAAGUGGACCAGAAAGCAGACCCUCUUCUGCUCUCAGCACACCUACACGAGGAGGGAGGGCUGUAACAGCUGGAAAAUUCAAAAACAAGGCCCUUCAGCUAAGCCUCUCCAAGAAGUUCUGCACCAAGUCACCAUCCUCCAAGGAGAAGAGUCCUGAAGCAGCGGAGGGGAGUCGCAAGGGUAAACGAAGCCUCAGCAACAGCUCAGUGGUGGCAGCGGCCUACAUCUCCUUCCUGAACAAACUUUUUGGACAGGACAGGGAGCUGAUGCCGGGGGAGAUAGAUGAGCUGCAGGAGGCCUUUAAGGAGUUUGACUAUGAUGCAGAUGGAUUCAUCCAUUACAAAGACAUUGCAGACUGCAUGAGGACCAUGGGCUACAUGCCUACAGAAAUGGAACUCAUCGAGAUCAUCCAACAAAUCAAGAUGAAAUGGGGAGGUCAUGUAGACUUUGAUGACUUCUGUGAGCUAAUGGGGCCGAGGAUGCUGUCUGAGACAGCUCACAUGAUUGGGCUAAAAGAGCUCCGCUGUGCCUUCAAACAGUUUGACUGUGAUGGCAAUGGAAAGAUCACACUGGAGGAGCUGAAGGAGGGCAUGAAGACCCUCCUUGGGGAGAAGCUGAAGAAAGGGGAGCUGGAGGAGAUCCUCUGCGAUAUUGACAUCAACAAAGAUGGCAGCAUUGACUUUGAUGAGUUUGUGAUGAUGCUUUCUGCACGGUGACCUCUCAUGGAAGAAGUGGAUUGAGAAGCUGUGCCACCACCACGCUCUACUUCCGGCUGUUGUAAUCUCGUUUCUGAGGCUUUAUACAUUUAAUGGCUUGAUUUAAAAUCACAUCAAAUCUUAGAUGUCCCUUUGUAGACAGAAUAAAAGCCGAGGUUGUGUGAGUGCAGUGGGUAAAAGGUGAGUUAUGCA